AAAUAUUAAAUAGAUAAAUCUAAAGUAAUUUUAUGCUUAUUUCAACUUACUUUAUUUUACGUUUCUCAUUUUCAUUUAAAACCUGAUGUGCUAAAAAUACAUCUUUCACAACUUUGAACUAAAACUGAAAAAACUCUAAAAGCUAUAUAGUCACACACACACACACAAAAAAGAUAUUUCAAAUAUCAAUAAAAGCUGUAACAGUAUAUAUGGCACUAAAAUAACACUAGUUUGUGGCGCACAGAAAGUUAUUAGAAAGCAAGAGCUUUAUUGCCAAGUAUGAUCUCACACACAAGGAAUCUAUCUACUAUGCUUCCAGUUCUCAAGAGAUAUAGUAAUAUAAUAGUGAGACAAAGAAUAAUAAAAUAAAUACAUAAUAACAUUUACAGAAGGGUUGCUGUGCAGAGAAGGUAGUGUGUAUAUCAUAUGAUUAAAUAUUAAUUGAUUGAACAUAUUGCUCAUAGGUCUGUCGAAAGCAUGAUUCCAUUUAAAACCAACACCUGGGACAGUUACAAAGGAGUGCUUUUUUGUGGUAGUGGAUGUUUUUGUUGAUUAUGAUCAGGCACACGAGACUGUUUAAAGUUCGAUUUUUUUUUUUCAUGUUUCCUUUGGGGCAGGAAGCUAAUGCCGCACAAACAUGCACAUAAAGUGUUGCUGUUUCAGAGGUUGACAGACAAUUUGCCACUCUUGUGGUUAACAGUUACGCAAGAGACCUGUCCUAUGGCUUGAGAAUGGCCACAAUCAAAGGAAUGGAAAAUUCCAUUUACAGUUCUACAUUUGAUUAAAGGGGCUUCGUUUGUUGGAUUGACAGUAAUGGGGGUGGUAAAAUAUUAUUGCAUCAACCUGUACUUGUAUUUAUAUGUAGUAAGCAUGUUUUAUUCCAGAUGGAAAUGUCACACUGAAACUGAACCAUUGCUUGACGCAUUUAAAAAAAAAAAGAAGAAAUGUAGCAUGGGAAUUGACUAUCACUCCUUUUUUUAACCAGUUUCCAAGGCAACAUCUCUCAUUUUCAUUUAAUUUAACUUGAUGUACUAAAAUAACUAAUAAAUAAAAAAUGAAUUAAAAAAAUUACUAAAACUUUCAAACAAAAUGUAAAACAAAUCUAAAUAUUAAUAAAAGCUAUAAUAGUACCUCAGUGAUACUAAAAUAACACUUUACAAAUCGUGGUUAUAUGUGUGCUGUAGUGGUGAUAGAAUAGUCAGGCCAGUUGUAUGUGAAAUGCAGCAUGGGAAUUGAGUAAAAUAAAAUAAAUACACCAUCAGAUUUUAAAAUAAGUUGUAUUUAGAUUUAAUAAAGCCUUGGUGUUUUUUCCCCCCAGCAUGACCUUUUAUUACUGAUGUGUUAAAUGAGAUGGAUAUGGCUUGCUGAUUCAUGAAUAAUCUGGAUUUAUAAAAUUUGAGGUCAAACGCACAAACCACUUUCAAGUAAAAAAACAAAAACAAAAAAAAAACACACUCAUCAGUUGGACAACCGACUAAAAGCAGACCCAUAAAUAGACUUUGAUUCAUUUGUAGUCAAUAUAGAUGUCAGGAGUGAUCGAGUAGACCUGCAGCAUUCCAAAGAGAACCUCCCUCACCCGAUGAUGGAUGGGUGCCGCAUUUACUCAAUGAAUUCUAAUAGUGCUUGUAAGUACUACACUGAAAAUCUGCAGAUUCACAGCAUGUUUUCUAGUUUGAGGAAGACUCUAAUUGAAACCUCUUGUCAGUAGGUCUGCAUAUUCAUCCAAUCAUUGUAAAAUGUGUUCUUAACAGUCAUCUGACACCAGGCAGCCAAGUGGCCUCCAUAUACAUCCAUUGUGUGCCUGAAGGACUAUAGUUCCUAUGGAAACGCUGUUUUUAACAGAGCGCAUAGACACUCAUCAGGCAGAGGAGCAGCACAGUGAGAAUGUUCCUCGAGACGAGAGCUCCUCGUUUUAUGUGCAGGAGAGUGGGAGACAGCUCCUGUUUCAGCCACCCACACUGGAUUUCGGACCACAGCCGGUGGGGCUGCCAAGAGCUGAAACCGUAUAUAUCCACAACCCCAGCCCAGAGCUCCCAGUCUCUCUGCUCUCUGCGUUUACAUCCAGCAGACAUUUUCACAUGCCUUCCUUCCACAGAAGGGUGAUUCCACCCAGAGGGAGGACAUCUUUUAAAAUCAUUUUCCUCCCCACAGUGGAGGGCAAUGAAGAAAUCUCUUUAUUUAUUAACACAUCAACCCAUGGGGUGAUAUCAUACCAGGUUUUUGGGGUUGGUAUCCAGGGGGGAUCAGUCAAGGACGUCCAUAGAAAAGAUAGCGUUCUGAUAUUUCCCCACAUUCAAAGCAUUAAUCUAACACAAACUCAGGAAGAUGCUUGUAAUAUAACAAUUUUAGGUUUGCUGCUUGACUGCAGUUUACCAAAAAUGUUCUACGAUCAGCCCCAGGGUUGGUGUUUAGUAUCCGAGGAAGGCAGAAUUGCACUUCAGAUCAGUCUUUCUGAAAGAGGGGAAAGGCUGGCCCACUUGGACAAACUCAAGCCAUACGUGCUUGAGAAUAUUGUGGUGCUGCUGGUCCUCCCACCACCGGAUGCUGUCUCAGAUCCCAGAAUAGGAGUGUUCAUGUUGAACUCAGGGGUUAAAAAGCUCUUUGUUAAGGAGAUCCAACUCUUGUCAAGAACAGACAGCAGUGUAGAACUCACUGAAGUGCUGCUCAAGCCUUCCGCUACUAAUUUCACUCAAGUGGCUUCACUCUUCUGUAGACGCUCUUUGUCAGCUAAAAGUCAAAGGUGUUCAAGUCAGAUUGGCCUGCAGAUUUUAGCAAACAGAACAGUGAAUUUAUAUCCACUGCUAAAAAGCACACACAGAUGGUCCAGCUCUGAGCUGAGUUCUUUAGUUCAGCUCAGACAGAAGCAGAGGGGCUCAGGGCAUGUUGAGCUCUGGCUGUCCAACCCCUUCCCCAUUACCUUCAGAAUCACUAACAUCUCCCUUUCCCAGCAUAAACUCUUUAAGUUUGUAAAUUUGACAAAGUCCCUGGAAGUGAGCCCUGGUAGCUGGAAGCUUCUGUCUCUUCUGCUGCUCAGCAAAUCUUUACCCAUAAACCUCAAAACCACAGUUACCCUGACAACCAGUGUAGGGGUUCCAAUGGAGCUUCACAUCCAAACGUAUUCUUCUGCCUCAAAGCAGGGAGGUGUUAUGUUUGAGUCUUCUGAGGAGUGUGAACGGCUCUGUCCUCUCCGUUUGUCCAGAUCAGGACAUGUUGAGUGGCAGCAGUCCCUUCUCCCAGAAUCCUCCUCAUCUCUCUGGAGAGUGGACAGCAGUCUGGCCUCUUCACUCUGUAGCCGUUGGCACUGUAGCAAAGAGCUUUCUUGCAGGUGGCCCAGACUUCCUGCAAACUACUCUUCACCUCUGGACUUUGGGGCCACACCUGUCAAUGAUAGUAAGGUGAAGAACUUCACUCUGAAAAACCCGACGGGUUCAGUGGUGUCUGUGGAGAUACGAACCCUCUCCUCAUACCCAGUUCCGCUUGAAGCCCUCGACAUGUUGACCAAAUGGUUUAAUAUUAGCCCACUGUCUGUGAAUAUCACUACAACAGAGUUUCUUCUAUUGGCUACUAAUGAGGAAAGUGAGAGAGGCAGUGUGUUGAGAUUCCUUCUUCAGCCGUGGGAGACAAGGACGGUUUCUGUGGCGUACCAACCCACAGAACACAAGCAUGUUACCUCACUGCUCCUCAUCAGGAACAACCUGACCGUGUUUGACAUGGUUCUGGUUAAAGGAUUUGGGGCAAAGGAGCUCCUGAGAGUAGGAGGGAAGCUCCCCGGGCCUGCAGCCUCACUGCGCUUCAAUGUGCCCCAGUCAACACUCAUGGAGUGCAAAGAUGGUUUAAGAUCAAGUAAGCCCUUGUUUGCCAUCCAGAAAAGCUUUAAAGUGGAGAAUGCAGGCGAGUUGCCAUUGACUGUAGUAUCCAUGAACAUUAAUGGAUAUAAAUGCCAAGGUUAUGGCUUUGAGGUGCAACACUGCAGAUCUUUCAGAGUGGACUACAACUCGUCCUCAGAAAUCACAAUUGCAUUUACUCCAGACUUCACAUCUUCGUGGGUGAUCAGAGACUUGACCCUAGUGACAGAACGUGGCUCUCUUUUCCACUUCACCCUUAAUGUGACUCUUCCUCACCACAUGCUGCCCCUGUGUGCUCAAGUGGUACCAGGACCCAGCUGGGAGGAGUCCUUCUGGGUCAUCACACUGGUCUUCACCUGUUCCUCUCUAGCUGGUGUGUGUCUGAUGGCUUUCCAUCAAGCUCAGCACAUUCUAAGCGAGUUCUCCACACCAAGUCCACGCAGCAAUCACAACUCUGUACCUCGUGAAAAUAGUAGUGUCAACCACAUCUCCUCAAAUGGUGUCAGUAGAGGAAAAGGGAGUUGUAAGAACUACACUGACACAAGCCAUCCCUCUGACAAAGGCAAAGGGAGAGGAUCUCCAGCCGUGGCCAAUGGGACAAUUCGGUCACAGUCCUCAUCCAAGAAAACUUCUGGAGGUUCAUCCCAACCUCCAAAGAAGCAAACUAAGGUGUCGUUCCUAUACAGUAGAUAUAAAAAUAGCCCUGCAACUGCUGUUGCUAGUGUUCCUGCUUCCUCAGACUUUUGCAGUCCUCCCACCGAUGAAGAUGGAGAUCGCACAUUUGAGCUUGACCCAGAAGUUUGUAAUAACAACAACAAUAACAAUGACAUAUUAGAUGAAAACCUUUUCCCAGCUGAGAAGAAAGAGCACUUUAGAGAAUCCAGAGAGGACCAGGCAUUGCCAGCUGAUAUGUUUCCUAUGGAAACACUUCCUGGAUUACCAGAAAACAUCCCAGUAAGCAGAGUCCCUCAGCCUAGAAUGGAAAACGAGGAGUGUAAAAGAAAAAAUAAUGCAGAAAAAGGGGAUAAUGCAGAUGAAGAGAAGACAGAAAGAGGCAGCAAUCAGAAGAAGAGACCAGAGAAAGAUGCAGAACUUGGAGUGUCAGCCACCAACACCAAAGCAAAGAAAAACACAGGCAGGAGUCGCAGGAAGGCAGCUGAGCUCAUUCCUGGGCUUCCUGAAAACAGCGUUGUCAUGGUAACAGAGAGUGAGCGAGAAUUUCAACGUAAUGCUGCUAGAACCCGCAACACGAAACCUGAACAACCUAAAACAGGAGCCAACCCAGACAGCCCUCUCAAACACAGUGGCACGUGUUUGAGCAGACCAAGGCGUAAAUGUCCAGAGCGACGUCUGCAGUGGGAGUCAGGCUCUGACUCGAGCAGUUCAUCGGGCAGUGUGAGAGCCAGCCGAGGGUCCUGGGGCAGCUGGAGCAGCGCCAGCAGCAUAGAGGGAGAAAAGGACCCAAACAGACAUCCCUGCAGGAGAGACAACAUCCAGUACAACCCAUAUCCAAAAGAUCGGGAAUGUUACAUGAAUAUGAACUACACCUACAAAACUCAAAGCAUGAACAAUCUAUAUGUCAGGGAACCAUGCCAAAGUCCAGAAGUCUGUCCCGCCCCUGCACUCCCUCACACCUUCGCUGAUGUAGCUGCAGGUGUGGACAAAAACAUUGACAUAAUCAGCUCUAAUGUGAUCGAAGAGACGUGGUCACCGGCCUCAGUUCCUCUGACCAAUGAAUUCAGGUACAACAUGACCGAAACCCUCCCGUUCGUCCCACAGAGUCCCUCAUCAGUAUAUGAAAGCUUCCCUUGGAGCAACAUGAACAGCCAAUGUGCCGGUCAGUAUCCCUAUAGUGACCAGACCAACUGCUUGCCAACAGGUAAUGGCAAUUACCAAAAUGCAUUCUCAUGCCAUCAAAGCCAAACCAUGACCCACAGCCAUCAGCCAGUGUGGGGUGAGAAUGGAACCCAUGACAUGAACUCCACAUGGGACACUGGCAGUUGUGUGGGCAGCAAGCCAUACUUUUCAGGAACCAGAAGUCUGUCACCCAUGUCCAGUCUAUUUGGCUCUAUCUGGACACCUCAAAGCGAGCCUUACCAGAGCCACUUCCACCCAGAGCGUUCCGUGCCGGUUUCGCCCCACACACCCCACACACCCCACACGCCCCACAUGCCCAUCUCACCCGUCGCACCCUUCAGCCGUGAACCAGGUGGCGCCUGCCCGGGAAAACAAUACUCCAGCUUCAAUCCCUUUGGACCACACAUGAAUUUGGACAUAUGGAACUCCUCUUCAAACCGGAGCUCCAACUCUCAGCUCUCCAAUGAUUCAGGCUACUGUGGGGAUAUGUGAGCGAACGGUGCUUUUGUUUUGAGUAAUACGGAAAAACAGAAUGUGCUUUUAUCUCUGAUUGGGGAAAAUGUGAAUAUUCUUCUUUCUUUUAUGUUUGAUGUUGUGGUAAGGUUCAGCAUUUUGUUGUAUAUUUUUCUAGAUGUUUUGCAAGUUUGACCAUUUGAAAAUUAAAAAAAAAAAGUUUUGUACUUGA